GUUAACAGUCCUAUUGACUGUAUUUACAUUUGAGACACUCGGUUUCUGAUUGGCCGGAAUAUUCUGACAUUCUAGUGUGACUAGUGUGUUGACGUUUUUUCAUCAAAACAAAGCAUUGUCUGGAGAGUUGCAUUUUAUCGCGGCAAUUUGUAGAGUGAACAUAGUAGUAGAGUAAAACUCUCGAGUUCGGAAGAUUUUCUGUGUGUUUGUUAAUUGUCGUGCGAUAUUGAAGAAUUUGGGUGUUUAAUCAAACGGGAGAUUUCGCUUAGGACAACAUAGGAAAUAUGUCGUCAAAGGGAAAGUUUACUGUGGACGAACUUCUCGGCGAAUCUUGGGUAGAGCUUAAUCCUGUAUCAGCUGACAGAAUAACGCCUUUACCUUUCAGCAGCGGUGGCGAAGAAUACUUGCGCCUUCUGAGGGAAGCACAACGUGAUUCGACCCAUUCGUCAGCUAGACAUUCCUUGGCCUCUUCUCGUCGGGAUACUCCACGUGAUAGUCCCAAAAGUCCUCCAAACAGUCCAAAUACAGAAUUAUCGACAGAAGACGAUUUAAAAGGGGUUUACAUCAAUUACAGUUGCAACAAGGAUGGAGAAUUUCAAGAAAAAAAUAAUGAAUGGAUAUAUGAGUGGAGUUCCAGACCAGAUCAAAUGCCACCAAAAGACUGGAAAUUCAAGCAUCCUCUGAGCAUCACAAAACGAAAAAUGUAUAAUAUAAGGACAGUGAAAGUUGGAAAACAAGGAUUAUUUUCCAAGGAAGUUUUAUACACACUUUUUCUCACAAACUUUUUGUCUCUUCUAAUUGGAACCGGUGUCGGAGUUUGGUUGACUAGGCGAGGACUAAUGAUGGCCCGGGUGACAAUCGAUUGAGCUGCCGAUUAAAUUGCAAGACGAAUUGUGAUCAAAGCGAGUAAACUGAUCGCAACAAGCUGGCUACGGGACGCAAGAAAGACUGAUAUUGGAAGGCUUAAAGAAGCACACUAUUUCUCAAUAUUUGACAAACUUUUUCUUACCUUCUACUUUGCAGUACUUCUAAAAAAUAAUUUCCACUCUAAAGAUAAACGAAAAAUACGCCUUCCUAAUUUUAACGAAAAGAAAGGCAUUCAAAAAAUGAUUAAAAACAAUAAAGUGAAAGGAGGUGUUAGACUGUAUUUGAUAAAUGAAAACUUUGUCCAUUUUUUACCGUUUCUAAUAAUGCGUUUCUAUCUGCGAUAGUUGUUAGAAUAGCUUGGAUAUUAUUUAUCUCCAACUUACUGAAUAGAGAGAGAGAGAGAGAGAGAGAGAGAGAGAGAGAGAGAGAGAGAGUAGACGAAAAUAAAAAAUUUAUAGAAAGAGAGAAAGCAUAAUCGAGGUAAUUUAGAAAAAAUGUGCAAAAGAGAAUAAGGUUUAGAAACAAUUUUUCUAAAAUCACUCUACGAAAUCAACUAAAAGCUAGCUUUUAAUAACGAAAAAUAUCUAAAAACUUAAUCCAUGCGUAAUUAAAAAUACUGUACCUUUUUCUCGUAUGUCUGUCAACGCAGUCGCAUUCAAUUAUUAAUUUUAUUACAUUCUCAUGAGGAAAAAUCAAAUUUUAUUUAACAAUUAAAUAAACUGAAAAAAGAAGAGUUUAUUGUUUUGAAAAUGUACUGUUUCUUAUAUUUCAUGUUGUUGAGAAAUUAAAAAGAGGUUUCUGGAAUCUAAUCGACUGUUUAGAAACUAAAUGUAGUUUUUUUGUAACAAAGUAGUUUUUACUGUUUCAUAUACCUAAAAGUACCUAUGUCAAUACAUAUUCUUCGUUAGAUUAGAAACUUGUAAUAAAAAGAAAAGCAAUGGACUAAUGUAAUAAUGUAAAAGUUUCUUCACAGAAACAUAGAAAUAUUUUCUCUUCUUCACUAUCAUUAUCGGCACAAUCAGAAGGUAUAAAUGGAUUUAUUUUUAGUUUUUACCUUCAAAAAGCGUCUUUUCUUCUAAUCUCAAUCUAUUGAUGUUGAGCGGGUUCGAAAAAUUGUACCAAUGAUUCUGCAUUCGAAAUUAAAGAGAGUUUAUUAAAAAGAAAGUUUAUCGGAGAAUUUUAGACCAGUAAUCUGUUGUGAUUAAAAAUUGUGCUAGUCGAGUUUGGUGAAAAUUUAUUAUAAAAAUUAACGUAAUGCAAGAAAUAUAAAUUGUGAAUGCGUUAUUUAAAUUGAUUGAUAUUGUAACUUCCGUUUCAUUGCACAAAACAUAUUCUUAUUAGUUAUUUAUUUCCCUGUGCCGACCCUCUUCAUUGUAAAAAUAUGAAUAUUUCAUUUAGAAAAUAUUCAAUAUAUUUUAUGCGAUGCUUUUAAUUUUAUGGAAUUGAAAAAAUGUUAUCCAUAGAAACUGCAAAAACAUCGUUAAUGAUUAAUUUUCGUCUUUUAUUGAUUAGUUCUUCCGUUAUUAAGCAACGGUGUUAAGGUAUUUAUGUAUAUGUCAAAUUUUUAUAUUUCACGUGGUAAUGAUGACUUUAUUAUUGUCCAUGGAUAUGACAGGAAUAUUUUACAAAUUUGUAAUUAUUAUGAAAUAAAGCAUUUUGUAAAUUUA